AUGGUAACAGAUUUUAUCUAUCUAUCUAUCUAUCUAUCUAUCUAUCUCAAUUUUUAUUGCCUGCAAUAUUCUAUCUAUCUAUCUAUCUAUCUAUCUAUCUAUCUAUCUAUCUCAUCUUUCUUCACUCUUCAUCUUUUUCAUCUUUUUCUUCUCUUUUUAAGUUUUUAUCUUUUUCUUCUCUUUUUAUUUUUUCUUCUCUUUUUAUCUUUUUCUUCUCUGUUUAUCUUUUCUUCUCUUUUUCUUUUUCUUCUUUUUACCUUUUUUCUUCUCUGUUUAUCUUUUCUUCUCUUUUUUCUUUUUCUUCUCUUUUUAUCUUUUUCUUCUCUUUUUAUUUUUUCUUCUCUUUUUUCUUUUUCUUCUCUUUUUAUCUUUUUCUUCUCUGUUUAUCUUUUCUUCUCUUUUUCUUUUUUCUUCUCUUUUUAUCUUUUUCUUCUCUGUUUAUCUUUUCUUCUCUUUUUUCUUUUUCUUCUCUUUUUAUCUUUUUCUUCUCUUUUUAUUUUUUCUUCUCUUUUUAUCUUUUUCUUCUCUUUUUAUCUUUUUCUUCUCUUUUUUUUUUCUUCUCUUUUUUCUUUUUCUUUCUUUUUUAUCUUUUUCUUCUCUGUUUAUCUUUUCUUCUCUUUUUCUUUUUUCUCUUUUUAUCUUUUUUCUUCUCUGUUUAUCUUUUCUUCUUUUUUUCUUUUCUUUCUUUUUAUCUUUUUCUUCUUUUUUUUAUUUUUCUUCUCUUUUUAUCUUUUUUCUUCUCUGUUUAUCUUUUCUUCUCUUUUUUCUUUUUCUUCUCUUUUUAUCUUUUUCUUCUCUUUUCAUCUUUUCUUCUCUUUUUGUCUUUUUCUUCUCUUUUUAUUUUUUUCUUACCUUUUUGUCUUUUUCGUCUCUUUUCAUCUUUUCUUCUCUUUUUGUCUUGUUCUUCUCUUUUCUUCUCUUUUUUCUUUUUCUUCUCUUUUUAUCCUUUUCUUCUCUUUUCUUCUCUUUUUUAUCUUUUUCUUCUCUUUUUGUCUUUUUCUUCUCUUUUUAUUUUUUCUUCUCUUUUUAUCUUUUCUUCUCUUUUUACCUUUUCUUCUCCUUUUAUCUUUUUCUUCUCUUUUUGUCUUAUUCUUCUGUUUAUCUUUUCUUCUCUUUUUUCUUUUUCUUCUCUUUUUAUCUUUUUCUUCUCUUUUAUCCUUUUCUUCUCUUUUUCCUUUUCUUAUGUUUUUAACUUUUCUUCUCUUUUAUUUUUUCUCCUCUUUCUAUCUUUUUUCUUCUCUUUGCGUUUUCCUUCACUUUUUACUUCUAUUUAUUUUCUCUCUUAUGUCUUCUUUUUUCCUACUUUUACCUCUUCUUCUUUGUUUUCAUUUGCUUUUUUUAUUUUUCUCCUUUGAUUCUCAUUCUUCUUUUGUCCCUUUCUCUACUGUUUAUCGUUUAUUUUUUUCCUUUUUCUUCUUUUUUUUUCAUUUUCAUUCAGCAUUUUCUCAUUCUCAUUCUUAUCUCAUUCACCAAACUCCGCCAUUUUUCUCGCUUGAUUCCCCCCCACCGUUUUUUAUUCAAAUUACAUCUAUUUUUUACCUAUCUGUUUUUUUUUUAUUAUUAUUAUUAUUAUUAUUAUUAUUACCUUUUGUUCCAUUAACUUCUUUCCUUCCACCUUUCCCGCUCUUCCGCCAUAUUCCUUCCUAUUCUCUAGCUAAACACGCAAAUUUACACUACAUAGUAAAAAUUAAUCGCUCCUUCUUUCUGAUUCCUUACCUCUCUCUCUCUCUCUCUCUCUCUCUCUCUCUCUCUUCUCGUUCUCUAUCUCGUUCCUGUUCCGUGUAUCGCUCCCUUUCUCUCUGUUGCCUACUCUCUUUAGCUCUCUUUAUCACCUUCCCAUUUCAUUCUUUUUCGUUCUCUUUGCUCUGUCACUUUGUCUUCUUCCCUUUCGGUCUUUCUCGCUCUGUUCUUCUCUCUCUUUCUCAUUCUCUUUUUCUAUCUCUCUUUCUUCUUGUUUUUCUUUUCUCUUCAUCGUGCUUCCCCUUUCUCUUACCCUCUCUUUCAAUCUUUCUCUCUAUUUACUUUUCACUGCCCCUUUACUUUUUCGCUCUUUCAACCCCCCUCUCUCUCUCUUUCUUUAGUGCUCUUUACGUCUGCUUUACGUCUCUUUCACUCUUUACCGCGUCUUAUUUUUUCUGUCUCUCUUUCUCACACUUUCUCUGUUUCUUUUACUAUUUCUAUUUCUUUCUUUUUUAUCUCACUUUAUCAGUUGCAUUCUCUCUAUCUCCUUCAUUCUUUUCCUUUCUUUCUUGCCUUUUUUCUUUCUCCAUUUUCACUCUUUUCUCUGUUCCUCACUCUUUCACCCUUUCAGUCUUUCAUUUUCUGUCUCUUUCUCUCUCUCUCUUACUCAGUUUCUUUCACUGUCCUCCUCUUUGCUCUCCUUUUCAUUUUCUCCCUCUCUCAUUUCUUCUAUCUCUUUAUCUUUCUGUCUCUUUAUCUUUUUCACUCUCUAUAUCUCACGCUUUAUCUAUUUCCCUCACCCACGUUCUCUCUAAUUAUCGCACUUCUAAUUUCUCUUUCCCUCUCAUUCAUUUUCUCACUUUCAUUUUGUCUCUCUCUUUCACGAGCUCUUUCUCUCUUCAUCUAUUUCCGUCUUUCAUUUUCCCUCUCUUUUAUCCAUUUCUUUUCUCUCUCUCCGCCUCCCUCUCUCUUUUUCUUCGGUUUCUUUUCCCUCUCUCUGUCUGUAUCUCUUUUUCUCUCUAUUUUAUUCUCUCAUUUUUUACUUCUUCUUUAUUUUCUUCUCCUCCUUCCACUUUCUCUUUCCUUUUCUUCCCCCUCCUUCCACUUUCUCCUCCUUCCCUUUCUCCACCAUUCAGUUUCUCCUCUUUCCCUAUCUCUUCCUUCUAUCCUCCUCCUUCCAUUUCUCCCUCCUUCCACUUUUUUCAUUUCCUCCUUCCACUUCCCCUCCUUCCAUUUUCUACUCCUUCACUUUCCUCCAUCCACUUUUCCACCAUCCAGUUUCUUUCCGCUAUCUUCUCCUUCCACUUCCCCUCCUUCCACUUUCUCCUCCUUCCACUUUCUCCUCCAUCCAGUUUCUCCUCUUUCCGCUAUCUCCUCCUUCCACUUCCCCUCCUUCCACUUUCUCCUCCUUCCACUUUCUCCUCCAUCCAGUUUCUCCUCUUUCCGCUAUCUUCUCCUUCCACUUCCCCUCCUUCCACCUUUUCAUUAUUCCACUUUCUCCUGCUUCGGCUAUCUUCUAUUUCCACUCUUUCUUCCACUCACCUUUUUCCCCUUUAUUUUUUUUUGUCCUCCUCUUUUCCCUAUUCUUUUUUCACCAUCUUUCAUUCUCCUAAUCUUUCUCUUUAUUUCUCUGUACUUUUCCCCACCUUUCAUCUUUCUCCUCCUUUCACUGUUCUCAUUUUCCUAUUUCUCUCUCUCUAUCUCUCUCUCUUUCCCCUAAAGCUGUCUCUUGUUUCUCUUUCACUCUCCCUUGUUUUCUCUAUAUAUUUAUCUCACCCUCCUUCUCUAUGUUCCGCCUUCUUCUUCACAAGACUUCCUCCUCCUCUUGCUUUUGUAUCGUGUGACUUUUCUCAUUCACUCUCUUUAUUUUUCUCUCAUCCUCUUCCGCCCGUUUUCUAUUUAUACUCCUCCUCCUCCCAUCCACUUGCUUUUCUCCCCCUUCCUCUUUUUUAUUUCCCUUUCUACCUUUCCUAA